UUCCUCUCUUAAACCCUCUUCUUUCCCUCUCUUUUUUCUUUCCUUCUUAGCCGCCUCAAAGACCUUCAAAGACAGAAAGAAAACAAAGAAAAAGAAGAAAGAAGCAAAGACCCUUUUCUCUUAUUCCUCUGCUUAUUCUUUCUCAGCUAAGUUUCCGUCGUUUUUAAUCUGAUUCCUUGAUCAAAAUCCAAUCUUUUUCUCUUCUCCUAGCCAAAAAAAAAAAAAUUCUUGGGUUUAUUCUGAUUCCCACAAAAAAAAAACAAAAAAAAAAAACCUACAAAUUUUUUCUUUCUUUUUCCAUGGGGUUCUCAAAGAAAUCUCAGAUUGAUGGAGGCUUAGAAUCCGAAGGCAGAAAGUGGGUGAUCGCCGGAAUUUCCGUACGGAGCUCUCUGAAGCCGAUAAACACGAAACCCCGAGGGAAAGACAUCGAAGAAGACGACAACGAGGAAUCGUGUUCGACGACGCCGACGGAGAAGGAGGCAAGAAUUCCUGAGAGGCUGCCGUGCCCGCCGGCUCCGAGGAAGCGGCGACCGGCUUUGAGAUGUAACAAUAAUAGUUUCAAUGGCGUUAGAGAGUUCUUUACUCCGCCGGAUUUGGAAACAGUGUUCAUACGCCGGCAAGUUGAGAAAGCAAAUUGACUUUGAGAGAUUUUCAGACUAGCUAGCAACAUAAGAAACAAGUUAUAAGUAGAGUUAGUGAAUUAGAAGUUUUCUUUUUCUUGUUUUUUUUUUUUUUUUCCUAUUCUCUCUUUUGUG